CACCCAUCAAUCUCCAAGUCUCUCUAGUCUUCUCUCUUGUGGCUUGUGAGUUGCUUUGUUUUGUGAAUUCCGACUUCUUCAUUAGUCUUUAAUUCUUCUGUUCUGUUUGACUGUCUCGCAGCCUCGCAGCGUUAGGGAUUCAAUGGACUCAAUUACAACUUCUCUCAUGGGUUAUUUCGAUUCUAAAGAUCUCGCAAGAAAAUAUGAAGAUCUUCACUUGUAAUUUCUGUUCAAAAGUAACUAAGAGAUGGGGUUUUCGUCUGAAACAACAUCUUGUUGUGGGUUUAGGAACAUUACAAAAUGUCAUAAUUGUCCUGAACAUGUUCGAGAAGAAGUUAAAGCGUGUAUGUGGAAAAAACAAGCUUCUAAGGAAGAAAAAUUGAGUUGCUCCCAAAAGUGACCCAACUUAAGUAUGAUGGGGAUGCAAAAGAUGAUUUUGUUGAUCUCACAAAUAGAUUGCCAUCCCUCAAAAGAUCAAGAUAAAAGAGUCCAAUUGAUUCACAGGUCAUAGGAAUUUGCACAGGCCUGACAUCAUGAGAUUCACUACAUCUUUUAUCACUCUUUCUCAGUAUCACAAGCAGAAGAAUAGUUUGAGGAAGUUGGUGACCUUGAAAGAUUGGAGAUCUAGCGAAUGGUCAAGAGAAGCAGCUGGAAAGAAAGUUGCGUCAUAUUAUUGCAAGAGAGUUUCUGGAAGAGUGUUGUUUAUGAUUUGAAGUUGGCGGGUCCGCUUGUAAAAGUGUUGAGGACCGUCGAAGGAGAAAGAAAGCCGAUCAUGGGAUACAUAUAUGAAGCUAUGGAUAGGGUUAAGGAGACCAUUGCAAAAACUUUCGGAGAAAAAGAAGACGCUUAUAAGAAAACAUUUGAAAUGAUCGAUGAGAGAUGGCAAUGUCAGUUGCACCAGCCGUUGCAUGCCGCAGGGCUUUACUUGAAUCCGGAAUUCUUCUAUGAUGAUUCAGAACGCAUAAUGGACAAUGAAGAGGUGAUGAACGGCUUGUACGCUUGUAUCGCUAGAUUGGUUCAUGAUGUUGAAGGGCAAGAUAAAGCCAUCGAGGAGUUAGGUGCAUAUUCGAGUGCACAAGACUUGCAUUAUGGCAAGCCAUAAGGGAGAGAAAAUUAAAAUCUGUCGGUAGUGAUUAAUGAUUAUAACUUAUAAUUCUUUCUAUGACAAAUUAUAAUUUAAGUUUAUAAACUCAAAUGAUUUUCAGUUUUCAAUAAACUGGCCUUUCAUAUAAAACUCCCAAAACUGAAAUGCUAGCAAAUUGGUGGAACUCUUUUGGAUCAUUUGCUCCUAUUUUGAAGAAGUUCGCCAUUCGAGUGUACUUAACCUUACUUGUAGUGCCACGGGUUGUGAAAGAAAUUCCGGGUGUUUUUUAGCAUGUAAGUUCUAAUAUGCGAAUUAAACAUGCUAAUUUUCAUAUAUUUUAAAUUUCAAAAAUCUACAUAAUUGCAUUUUGACAAUUUCAUACUAAGAAGAGAAACUGAUUGGCACAAAGUCCUUUGAAUGACUUAGUUUUUGUGAAAUAUAACCAUGCUUUGAAAAGAUGGUAUGAGAGGAAAGACACCCUUGAUCCCAUUCUAUUAGAAGAGAUUAAACUAAUGAGCGGUUGCUUAGAAGAAUGGAAAAUGAUGAUGAGGAUGAUGGUUAUGUGUUUGAAGAUGACACUUUGACAUGGGGGCAGUUGUUAGAGAUGUUGGAGCAUUGAGCCUAAUUAUGUUACCCGAUCAGCAACUACGAACGAUUGGGCUAGCACAUCACAAAGUGACAAAAGCAUAAGAGUGUUGAAGAAGCUUGGGAGGAAGACUAGAGUAACUGAUGAUGAAGGAAAUGAUGAUAUUGAGGUUGCUACUCUUAAUAAUGAGGAUGAUGAUUGUGAUGAUAUCUAGGUUGCUACUCUGGAGUAACCUAGAUUUCACAACUUUGUUUGCUACUUUGCUUUUGUGACUUUUGGCAAUCAUACCAUUAAAUAUAUCUUAUUAUUUUGUUUCUUUUAUGACGUUUAUUAGGAUUAUUUAAUAGCUUGAAAUAUUUUCGAGAAGAGUGCUUCAUGUAGAAGUAAUAUAAGUUUAUAUUUACCAAAGAUAUGUGGUUUAUAUAAGUGAGACACGCUAGAGUAAAUCAAUGAAAUCGCCUCAUGUCAC